AUGCCCUUUGGUUUAAAGAACACAGAGGCAACUUAUCAAAGUUUGGUUAAUCACAUGUUUCGUCCACAGAUAGGACGGAAUGUAAAGGUCUAUGUCGACGACAUGCUUGUGAAGAGCAUAGACAAGGAAAGCCAUUUGGACGAUCUACAGGAAACCUUUGAAACACUUAGGCGAUAUAAGAUGAAAUUGAACCCAAGUAAGUGUGCAUUCGGAGUAUCGUCGGGAAAGUUUCUGGGGUUCAUGGUUUCGCAAAGAGGAAUCGAAGCGAAUCCAGACAAGAUCCAAGCCAUAUUGGACAUGGAACCACCGAAGAAUAUCAAGGAAGUCCAAUCCCUCACUGGGCGAGUUGCUGCUUUGAACAGGGAAGGCAUUCGAAUGGACGGACGAAUGUCAAAAGGCCUUCCAAGACCUGAAGGACUAUCUCACUAUAGCUCCAUUAUUAAGUCCGUCCAUGCAAGGAGAGGAACUGUAUCUAUACUUAGCGGUGUCUCCACAUGCCCUUCUAGAAAGUUAAGACAUUACUUCCAAGUUCAUGUCAUCAAUGUCAUGACGGACCAUCUGCUCAAGAAGGUAAUGAACAAGCUAGAAGCUGCAGGACAGCUGAUUCAAUGGGCGGUGGAACUUAGUGAAUUCGACAUUCGGUACCAACCGAGAAAUGCAAUCAAGGCCCAAGCCCUAGCAGAUUUCAUUGCAGAGUUCACCCCGAGUUAUGAGGAUUUUGGUGAAAGAGAGUACAAUAAAAAAUGGGUCGUCCAUGUAGAUGGAUCGUCUACAUUGCAUGCUAGAGGAAUAGGAGUUGUUUUGCAAUCACCAGAAGGAGACAAAUUAAAGUACAAGGCUUGUUUGCUAUACCAAACUACUAAUAAUGAAGUGGAGUAUGAAACCCUUUUAAAGGGGUUGGAGUUGACUAAGUCUGUAGAAGCAAACUCAAUACUUGUCUUGGGAGACUCUCAGUUGGUCAUAGGCCAAGAAGAGAAUGUGGAAGCAGAUAUUCUGGCAAAGGAAGCGUCUGCGAAUGAAGCAAUGGACGAGUUGGAUGCAGUACAAUACAUGCCUAGUAUAGACCUUCCAGAGAUGCUGCAGAUAGAGGGUGAUGAAAAUUGGAUGACCCCAAUAGUGUCAUACUUGAAGGACGGAAGGCUUCCAGAAGAGAAGGACGAAGCUAAGAAGCUCAGGGUCAAAUCAGCCAGGUACAUACUUAUGGACGAAGUGUUAUACAAAAGAGGUUUUUCCCAGCCUCUCCUAAGGUGUUUGGCUCCGGACAAGGCAAACUACAUGUUGAGGGAGGUUCAUGAAGGAGCAUGUGGUAACCAUUCGGGAGCUAGAUCACUCGUCCAUAAAGUCAUCCGUAGCGGAUUCUAUUGGCCAACCAUCCAAGCUGAUGCUAAGGCAUAUGUUAAGGUAUGUGAUCAAUGUCAGUGCUUCAGCAACAUUCCUAGACAGCUAGCAGAGUAUCUUAGGCCAAUGAUGGCCCCUUGGCCUUUCGCGUAA